GGUCAUCACAUUCUCGUUACAAGGAAUUGGAGCAAAAGGGCAUACAUCAGUGGAAAGGAAAAAGAAACUCUCAUCCAUCAGACACACUUGUCCGACACACGCUUUUCACUCACCGCUUUGACCCUCGGUUUCGACCACCCUACGCCAGUGCUCGGGCCUCUAGCUAGCUGACCGUCCACGCCGCACUUCACGUACCACCUCGACUCUUCGCGAACGAUUUUCGGUACCAAUUCUCUUUCACCAGAUCGACGACAAUCAUGUCAUCGGUUCAUCCCUCGCACAGUUCGGGGUCAAAUGUCGUUGGCGUGCAUUACCGAGUCGGCAAAAAGAUUGGGGAAGGGUCCUUCGGUGUCAUUUUUGAAGGCACCAACCUCUUGAACAGCCAGACGGUUGCCAUCAAAUUUGAGCCCCGCAAGAGCGAUGCGCCCCAGCUUAGAGACGAGUACAGAACUUACAAAAUCCUCAAUGGUUGCCACGGCGUGCCCCAGGUGUACUACUUCGGACAGGAGGGCCUGCACAACAUCCUCGUCAUCGAUCUUCUCGGGCCAAGUCUGGAAGAUCUCUUUGACAUGUGCGGUCGCAAGUUCAGCAUCAAGACUGUUGUCAUGACAGCAAAGCAAAUGAUUACCCGGGUGCAGGCUAUUCACGAAAAGAACCUCAUCUACCGCGACAUCAAGCCAGACAACUUCCUCAUCGGCCGACCAAUGACAAAGGCAGCCAACGUUGUUCAUGUCGUCGACUUUGGCAUGGCCAAGCAGUACAGGGAUCCAAAGACGAAGCAGCAUAUCCCGUACCGAGAGCGCAAGUCGCUCAGCGGCACCGCACGGUAUAUGUCCAUCAACACCCAUCUGGGCCGCGAACAGUCGAGGCGUGACGACCUCGAGGCACUUGGCCACGUCUUCAUGUACUUUCUUCGUGGAGGCCUUCCAUGGCAAGGCCUCAAGGCGGCGACGAACAAGCAGAAGUACGAAAAGAUUGGCGAGAAGAAGCAGAGCACGCCCAUCAAGGAGCUCUGCGAAGGCUUCCCAGAGGAGUUUGGCAUCUACCUCAACUACGUGCGCAAGCUCGGCUUCGAAGAGACGCCCGAUUACGACUUCCUGCGCGAGCUCCUGGGUAAAGCGCUUCACGGCGAGGUCGACGAUGGCGUCUAUGACUGGAUGAUGCUCAAUGGCGGCAAGGGCUGGGAGGCUGGCACGAGCAGGGACCGGGGUGGGGACAGGGACCGCCACCGUGACAUGCGGGCUUCUCAGGUACCCCAGGCCAGCGGAGUUGCGGCGCCCCAGGCCGCCUUGGCCCGCAAUGGGUCCAAGCAAGGUCGCAAGUCAGGCGUACCUGCUCAGCUACAGCCCUCGGGUCACCGUCCAGGUCACAAUGAUUUCCCGCACAGCUCAUCGUAUGGCGGCGGCGGCGUAGGCCAGGCGUCCAACGUGGCCAUCCAUGAUGCGCCCGUGGGCAACACACCGAAUGCGACGAGGGACAACAGCCACGGGGGACAGAUGACGCCGACAGGAGUCAAUAUCAGCAGCUCUGGCGCCGUCGAGGGUGGUCGACGCGUCGACGGCCGUGGACCAGUAGGAGCCGUGGGGAUGGGCAAUGGCGAAGGCCAUCCGGCGGAGCGGCAAUCAUUUGGGCAAAAGCUGGUCAGGGUCCUUACCUGCCGAUGCACAUGAGUCUUUCGCUGCCUUUGGGCUAUAUCAGGGACCUUGAGACGUGAACAGAAGCGAGCAAAUCACCAAUGACGACGACGACUCUGAUGACGACGAACGAUGACCGACGACGCACAAAUCACUCAUCAAUUUCUGCAAUCGCGACCAGC